UGCCCUCUGGCUUGCCAUCUUCUCUGUCUCUGUCGAUCUCUUAUUGCUCUUUCCACAUUUUUACUCUGAAAUUUUGCUUGGACCCUUUUUACACUCCAGGCUGACGGCUUUGGGACCAAGCACUAAUUACUGCAAGUCCACCCUGGUCAGAAUAGACAGAUUUUACAAACAUAAAAGACAAGAUGUCCCUCAAAGUCCAGACCAGUAACAUCACCAACAAGAACGACCCCAAGUCCAUCAACUCCCGCGUCUUCAUCGGAAACCUCAACACGGCCGUGGUGAAGAAGUCGGACGUGGAGACUAUCUUCUCGAAAUAUGGCCGGGUGCUGGGCUGCUCCGUUCACAAGGGCUAUGCCUUCGUCCAGUACGCCAGUGAGAGGCACGCUCGGGGCGCCGUGAUCGGGGAGAACGGCCGUGUGCUGGCAGGACAGACUCUGGACAUAAACAUGGCAGGGGAACCAAAACCCAAUCGACCAAAAGGUCUGAAGCGCUCAGCAGCUGCUCUCUACAGUGGUUACGACUUUGACUAUGACUACUACAGAGAUGAUUUUUAUGACAGGCUCUUUGAGUACCGAGGCAGAGUGUCACCAGUUCCCCGAGUAGUUCCAGUGAAGCGCCCUCGUGUGGCCAUGCCGCUGGUUCGCAGGGUGAAGUCUCUGCCAGUCAAGCUGUUGUCACGUUCGUCUGUCAUCCCCAACAGCUCCGCCAAGCAGAAGUCCAUGAAAUCUAACGAGCUGCAGGCGAUCAAGUCAGAGCUCACUCAGAUCAAGUCCAACAUUGACGCUCUUCUGGGCCGUCUGGAACAGAUCACAGAGGACAAGCACAGUGUUACGGAGCUGCGGAAGGCUGAGGAGAGCAAGAGCGAGGUCUCUCAGGACGACUCGGGCUCGGACACGGAGGAGCCGGCAGACGAGCCCCACAACAGCGAGGCGGAGGACGGGGAGGAAGGCACUCAGGACGAAUGUGACGAUGACAUGUCAGCGGGGAGCUGGAAAAGACUGUCGACUGGAAACUGUUUUAGUACCACAGGCAUCGUAGGAAUACACUGAAACCAAGGGGUGCCGUCAGACUUCAACAUCAGCCUUCAAUGAGACAGACACCUAGACUGUUGAGGGGGAGGGGGAAAUCUACCCAGGGAACAGGAUAAGAUAAAAUGUCACUGCUCCACUGCGUUACUGACUGACACCACAAGAUAAAUAAUAACAGCCUCCUCGGAAUAUGGGAUGCACAAAAUAAUUUGUGAACGUUUCAGUAGCUUGUGGGGUCCAAAGCAUAUGUCAAAAAAGAACAUUUCAAACUUUGUGAAAUAUAAUUAAAAAGAAGACUGACAUUUUGUAUGCUACCAAACCUUCCAGUAACCACCAGCCCUUUGCGCUUUCUCUCUCUCUCUCUCUCUCUCUCUCUCUCUCUC